AUGUACGUCCGCACCGACCGCUCCUAUGGCGUGAACGAAGUCCUUCUCGCCUCCGUCCUCGGUGCCGGAGUCUUCUCCAUUUUGGGCGGCCAGCCUCUCACUAUCGUCGGCGUUACCGGUCCCAUCACCGUGUUUAACUAUACUAUUUAUAACAUCAUCACGCCGAAUGGAAUCGCGUUCUUUCCAUUCAUGGCGUGCUAUGUUACGAGGUUUAGCUGUGAUACCUCCGGUUUCUACGUCGCUUUGGUUUACAUUCAGAAGGGCGUUCAGGUCAUCACCGACCAAUACGAAUCCGGUCCUAUUGAUCCCUCAGCGUACCUCUCCAUAGUCAUCGCUCUCCUCGUUACCGUUUUCGGGUACUUCUGCAACCUCAUCGGCCGCUCUCCUCUCUUCUGGCGUUUCUUCCGUAUAUUUGUCAGCGACUAUGGAAUCUCGCUCACGGUCAUCUUUUUUACGGGCUUUCCACAUAUCGGUCAUAUGCGCGCGGUGGGAUUGCAGAGGCUUCCGACGAACGAAGCGUUCGGCACCACGUCGGGAAGAGACUGGCUUGUGCAUUUUUGGGAGAUCGAUGCUGGGCAUGUGUUCCUCGCCAUCCCGUUCGGAUUCCUUUUGACCGUCCUCUUCUACUUUGACCACAACGUCUCGGUGAUUCUCCAGAUUCAAGAUAUCCUCAUGGAGGGUAUGAUCAAGGAACUGGCAUCGACUGGUGGUCCUUGGAGGGCUGUCACUGCUGUAUGCCAGCCUACCCGCUCUGCCAUGAUCAGCAGCUAUAGCCACCGGACUUCCACCUAUGGGUCGUCUGCCAAGGACGCCGUCGAUAACUCGACUUUCCGCAAACACUUGCUGAGCUUCGCCCCGCAAUACAAGGAGUAA